AUGUGGCAAGUUCAAGAUGAGAUAGAGAGUACAGAUCAGCACGAACUUCUAAACGACGACAACAUUCUGAUACGGUGCAGUGGCAACAUAACAAUAUUUGGUCUGUGUAACAAGUACAAUACUUCCUACCCCUCACAACUGACUGCUAAAGUAGCUCCAGAAGAAUUCGCAGAAACCAUCAACAAGAUCAACAAAGAACUACGGAAGAAUAUAGACUUCACUUGGAAAGCUCUCAUUUUAGGGUGUCUGUGUUGUUGUUGCUCAUGUGGUAUGACAAUGAUACCUCCACUACUCCUCAACAAUAAGGCUAAACGUCAGAUGAAGAAGAUAUUAGAUUGGGAAAACACUAGAGUGUAUAAUAAGAUUGGGCUGAAUUGGAUUCUGCGGAGACUCCCCUGUGAAAGAAGCCCCAUGUUAGAAUAUGUGUUGAUACUGGAAAAAGUACGACAAGAUCAGAUCUUAGCAGUUGACUGA